UUCAGAUCUCUCUCAUGGCAUUUCCUCAGAAAAAACGAACACCUUCUUUCUCUUCCUCUGUUCUUGACUCUGUCUACCGUUCUAUCGACGAAUCCGACGGUCUCCAAAGUGACCUAAGAGGAUCCAUCAACGAAAAUGUAUCUUCAUCAUCAUCCUCACCAUCACCAAACAAGAAAAACGACAAGCUUACAACUCUCCGGCGAGCAAUCAUGGACGAAGAACACUGGCUUUACGCCCGAAGCAGCACCACUACCACUAAUUCCUCUGAUUCCUCUGCUUUUUCCUCUUCCGAGGCAGAGACAUAUCGAACAAAGAGAAGGUUGAGAAAGCUUGCGGAACAAGGUAAUAGAUCAGGUGAUGAGAGACAGAGAACAAAGAGAACGUCGGUACUAGAUAAUGAUAGAUUUAUCUCCAAGUCGGAUAAUGAUAAAAAGCUUAAAGCCAUGACGAUGAUCGAGGAGAUAAAGAGAUCGAAGCAGCCAGUGUCUCCUGGAGCUCGUCUCACCAGCUUCCUCAACUCCAUCUUUCAAUCUAACGCCAAGAAAGUGAAGCUUUGUUCUGUCGGUAAGACCACAGACGUCAAGUCCUCUUCCUCAUCAAAGUCUUGCUUCAGUCGAACAAGAUAUAAAACCGACAACAACAACAACAACUGCAAGAAGUUGGAAAGAUCUAUCAGAUUCUAUCCCGUUAGAGUAACUAUCGAUGGAGACUGCAGAGACUCUGUUCACAAAAACAUUACUCGCGAAAAAAAACAGAUUCCAGAAUUUACUGCUAAGAGGAGUAUCAAAGAGGAGAUUAAGACCAAACAUCACCACACUGAGUUUACUUGCAUCACAAGAAAGAUCGGUUUGAAGGAUUUUGUGAGAAGUAACAAAUAUGAAGGUAAAGAAGAUGAUGAUGAUGUUUGGAGUUACUCAAGUUCGGAUCUGUUCGAGCUCGAUAGUUACCGGAUCGGUAUGGGGCGGUACUUAAAAGAACUUCCGGUCUAUGAAACUACUGAUUUCAAGAUAAAUCAAGCUAUUGCUAAAGGCUUGCUUUUGUAGCCUUUUAUUACUUCUUUUUUUCCUUAUCAUUGAAACCAGUUUACUAAUUACCCCAAAAGAAGAGAUCAUUUUACUAUUUCUAUAUUUUGUUGCAUCAAUGUCACGUGCCCGGUUUUGCGAUUACUAGCAGCAGGUCCGGCUCAUUAAAACAUUGGACCCUGC